AAAGCUUCUUCGAUUUCCCUCCUAACAAUUGGAUAUGGAAAACCAAAAUUCACAGUGAUGUCCGAGUCGUUGCUUCGAGUUGAUCGCGCUUGCUAAGAAACCCUAAUUCCAGGAGCGAUGUGCAGUCGCAGAGUUUGGACACACUCAGAACUAACUCCUUCUUCAGUGAGCGUGAAUGAAUCCGAUCUGGUGAAAGGUCUCUUACAAGCUUUGCAAGGUUUCUCAAGUCCCUUCAUUUUCUGGGACCAAAAGGAACAAACUUUCCGCGCUAAAAGUGAGAUACGAGUCUCUCAUUUGUCUCAGUCAAGCCUUCAUGUCCUUCUCGCUGGAUUUUUGUAUGCCGCAACAUGUUUGAAGCUUGUGGAGUCUAUUGUUGCUGGAAUUAAUACCUCUCUUAGAUCUCCUCCUACUUUAAUGGGAUUUUCGAACUCUGUCUCUGGUUGGCUUGAGAGACUCAGAGAUAUUGCUUUGAAUGAGGAAGUGAAGAUCAACGAUUCUAAUCUUGCUGUCACUCCAACUCUCUUGGGAUUAACUAGUUCUUUAUCUAGUCUGUGUUCAGGUGCUGAAUAUCUUUUCCAAGUUGUACGAGGUGCGAUCCCUCAUGCGUAUUUUGAGUCGAGUUCAGCUAUUUCAACCGCUGAAAUUGCUGUCCACGUUCUUGAUUACCUUUACAAGAGGCUGGAUGAAGUAUGCCUUGUCCAAGGUGGUGAGGUGGAAGGAUUUCAUGUGCUGCUGCAAAUAUUUGCUGGAAGUUUAUUGCCAUAUGUAGAAGGUUUGGAUUCAUGGUUAUUUGAAGGAACUCUUGAUGAUCCUUUUGAAGAGUUGUUUUUUUCAGCCAACCAAUCUGUCUCCGUUAGCGAUGCAGAGUUUUGGGAGAAAAGCUAUCUGUUGACGAGGGUGCUGGGUCCAAAAUCAAAUGUAACUUCGCUAAAUCAAAAGAAAGGAAUGAGUGGAAAUGACUCCAAUUCAGUUUCUGACAAAGACAAAGAGCAGAAUAAUCGGGUGUUAUGCCCACUAUUCAUAAAAGACAUCUGUAAGUCGAUUGUUUCUGCUGGAAAGUCACUGCAGCUGAUGCGGCAUAUUCCUUCUACGUCUUCAGAAAAGUGUGGAAAGAUUCAGUACCAUGGGCAAAAUGAUUUUGGGAAUUCGGCUUGUGGCAUACUCCUGGCUGGGAGGAACAGCUUUAGAAGCACUGCAGACUUAGCCUUGUCUGAAAUCUUCUGUCUAUCACUUGCUGGUCUCAUAGGCCAUGGUGAUCAUGUAUCUAGAUACCUGUGGAAAGAUGAGACAGAUGAGUGGGAGAUUUCUCCAACUUUGCCAUUAUAUAUAAGUGGAAGGCUAGUGGAUGGCACAGGUGAUAGAGAUAUUUCAGCUCUCACAUACUCAGACCGAAUGUGGUAUAAGUUGUUGGUUGGUGCUGUGCAAGAGAAAAGAUCUAUAGACGCCAAAUCAGAACUCCAGAGUCCAUGUUAUGUUAGUCAUGUUAAAGACGAGAAAAAUGUUCUCGUUGCCGAAAAGGUGUUGCAGCGGUUGUUUUGUCAUGAGAACCCUGUUGUUUCAGUAUCUAAAAUGGAUCUUGAGAGGAAUAAGAAUGCAUGGAAUGUCUUGAACUUAUCACAAAACUAUUGCCUACCCUCGUUAAAUGAUGAGAGUUUGUUGAGUGCUGUUUUUGAGGGAUCUGGCGUGGCAGAUACAGGAUUGACCGGAACAAACUACAAAUUUGGGUUCCAAUUCGGUAGAUCUGAAUAUCUUUCUAAUCAGGAUGACACCCAAAUUCUAGAAACGUUAUUUCCUUUUCCCACAUUGCUUCCGUCAUUCCAGCCGAAGCUCCAUAUGUCAGAAUUUCUACCUUUCCAAAAGAAUAGUACACUUCCUUCCAGAGUUCUCAGCUGGAUGCUUAAGGCAGAGCCAAGGGAUACUCCACUUCCUGUUGUAAUAAUGCAAGAAUGCUUGACAAUCUACAUCAGGAGGCAGGUGGACGACAUUGGCAAAGUGAUUUUGUCAAAACUAAUGAAUGAUUGGAAAUUGAUGCACGAACUUGCGGUGUUGCGUGCCAUUUACUUGUUAGGUUCAGGGGACCUUCUGCAGCAUUUUCUGACUGUCAUAUUCGAUAGACUGAGCAAGGGAGAGUCAUCAAAUGAUGAUUUUGAGUUGAACAUAAUCCUUCAGGAAUCUAUUAGAAAUUCAGCUGAUGCCAUGUUGUUAAGCAGUCCUGAUGCAUUGGUGGUAUCUAUUUCCAGUGAAGGGUCUUUGGACAGAGACAAAGAUGACAAGGGUGAAGUCAAACCCCGUUCUUCAACUCGUAAAAGCCGUGUUAACAAUUUUGGGAUAGAUUGCCUUGAGUCUCUCAAAUUCACAUACAAGGUGCCGUGGCCGCUAGAGCUUAUUGCGAACAGUGAGGCCAUUAAGAAGUAUAACCAGGUGAUGGGAUUUUUGUUGAAGGUCAAACGAGCAAAAUAUGUGCUUGAUAAAGCACGAAGGUGGAUGUGGAAGGGUAAAGGCUCUGCAACAAAAAUCCGCAAGCACCACUGGUUACUGGAACAAAAGCUCCUCAAUUUUGUGGAUGCUUUUCAUCAAUACGUAAUGGACAGGGUAUAUCACACUGCAUGGCGUGAACUGUGCGAAGCUAUGGUAAAAGCAGGGUCUCUAGAUGAGGUCAUAGAUGUACAUGAGACGUACUUGUUAUCGAUUCAGAGGCAAUGUUUUGUGGUUCAAGAAAAGCUGUGGGUAAUCAUCGCAAGUCGGAUCAACAUGAUUCUCGGGUUAGCUCUAGAAUUCUACUCAAUACAACAGACGCUGAGCAGCGGUGGAGCAGUUUCAGCUAUCAAGGCUAGAUGCGAAAUGGAGAUAGACCGCAUCGAGAAACAAUUUGAGGACUGUAUUGCAUUCCUCCUUAGAGUAUUGACUUCAAAGCUGAACGUGGGACACUUCCCUCAUCUGGCAGACUUGGUGACCAGAAUCAAUUACAAUUAUCACUACAUGUCUGACACUGGAAGCUUGAUGACUGUUUCUGGAUCAUAGACCAACUCGUCCAGGCUUUUCUAGA